AUGCUGGAGAUCGUCAGCCCGGAUGCCCUGGAUGCCUUCCCUGUGAGCUUGGGCCAGGCCUCCGAAUGCUUGCAGCUGGUCUUUGGUAUGGAUGUGAGGGAAGUAGACCCCAGCGACCACUCCUACAUCCUGGUCCCCAUCCUGGGCCUCACCUAUGAUGGGAUGAUGAGCGGUGAGCAGGGAGUGCCGAAGACCGGCCUCCUGGGGGUGAGCCUCCUGCAUGGUGACCGUGCCCCUGAGGAGGAGGACAAAUUCCACGUGAAAGUGGCUGCCCUGGUGGGGUUCCUGCUCCUCAAAUACUGCAACAAGCAGCCAACCCACCAGGCAGAGAUGCUGGAGAUCGUCAGCAAAGAUUACCAGGACGACUACCCAGUGAUCUUGGGCCAAGCCUCCGAGUGCAUGCGGCUGGUCUUUGGCAUGGACGUGAAGGAAGUGGACCGCAGUGACCACUCCUACGUCCUGGUCAAUGUCCUGGGUCUCACCUGUGAUGGGAUGUUGAGCGGUGAGCAUAGCAUGCCCAAGACCGGCCUCCUGGUGCUGCUACUGGGGGUGAGCAUCCUGCAUGGCAACCGUGCCCCCGAGGAGGAGGUGUGGGAAACGCUGGAGGUCAUGGGGUUGUAUGCCGGCCAGGAGCACAUCAUCUAUGGGGAGCCCAGGGAGCUCCUCACCAAAGUCUGGGUGCAGGAAGGGUACCUGGAGGACCGGCAGGUGCCUGGCAGUGACCCUGCCUGUUACGAGUUCCCGUGGGGUCGCAGGGCCCAUGCUGAACCAGCAAGUUUCAAGUGCUGGAGUAUUUGCUCCGGGUCAGGCACGGGCAGCUGGCUUCCUCCCUGGCCCUGUCUGAAGGAGCUGUGA